AUAGAUAUACAUAUAUCUGAACAAGAGAUCAUAAGUUAUACUUUAGAAUGUUAGGACUUGGAAGAUCACUUCUUUCGCUGUUCAGAGUGGGCACAUCACCAAUCACCUCAUCGUUCAGCCCAUUAAGAUCCACAGCCACCCCAGUCAUUAAUACCAACAGCAUUUUCAGCAGUUUCAUUGCUAAAAGAUUCAAACAUGAAUACGAGCCACGUUUCAAGAGAGUGAGAAAAGCUUUCAAAGGUAGAGUCACUGUUAGAACUGGUGGAUCCAUCAAGGGUAAUAAAUUAGAAUUCGGCCAAUUUGGAUUAAGAUUAAAAUCUAAUGGUAUUCGUAUAUCAGCAGCUCAGCUUGAGGCCGCAGCUAAAACCAUAAAAGCAGAAACCAAAUCGCAAAAGGGUAAGGUCAUUACUAGAUUCGUUUGUGAUCUUGCUGUGUGUGUCAAAGGUAAUCAAACAAGAAUGGGUAAAGGUAAAGGUGCUUUCGAUCACUGGGCAGUUCGUGUUCCAACUGGGAAAGUUUUAUUUGAAUUGGGUAAUAAUGUCCACGAGAGAAUUGCCAGAGAAGGUUUGAGAAAAGCAGCUCAAAAAUUACCAGGUUUAUAUGAAAUCAUUGAUGAAAAAUCUAAAAUUAGAGUCAGUAUUGAUGAGUUAAUAGAUCAACCAAAACCAGUUGACUAUCUCACAGAAACUAAUAAAAACCCCCCAAAGAAAUGGCUUAACCGUCAAGCUGCUAAAUUGCCUGAAUAUAUGAUGUUCAGAGGUCGUUAGAUUCUCCUAAGCAUUCUUAACUUGUAUAUAUUUGUAUAUUUUAAUAUCAUUCUAAUACGUCU